GAAAGCAGGCAUUUCAUCUGCUCACUCAGAGAACUCUCUGCAGCAACCAUGGCCACCUUCGUGGAACUCAGUACCAAAGCCAAGAUGCCCCUUGUGGGCCUGGGCACCUGGAAGUCUUCCCCAGGCCAAGUCAAGGAAGCCGUGAAGGCGGCCAUUGAUGCUGGGUAUCGCCACAUUGACUGUGCCUAUGUGUAUCACAAUGAGAAUGAGGUGGGAGAAGCUAUCCAAGAGAAGAUCAAAGAGAAUGCUGUGAAGCGGGAGGAUCUCUUCAUCGUCAGCAAGCUGUGGGCCACAUUCUUUGAGAAAAGCCUGGUGAAGAAAGCCUUCCAGAACACCCUCUCGGAUCUGAAGCUGGACUAUCUGGACCUGUAUCUGGUCCACUGGCCACAGGGAUUUCAGGCUGGGAAUGCGUUAUUACCCAAAGACAAUAAAGGCAAAGUUCUCCUGAGUAAAUCCACAUUCUUGGAUGCCUGGGAGGCCAUGGAGGAACUGGUGGACCAGGGGCUGGUGAAAGCUCUGGGCAUCUCCAACUUCAACCACUUCCAGAUUGAAAGGCUCCUGAACAAGCCUGGACUAAAACAUAAGCCAGUGACCAACCAGAUUGAGAGCCACCCUUAUCUCACCCAGGAAAAACUGAUCCAAUACUGUCAAUCCAAGGGCAUCGCUGUUACAGCCUACAGUCCCCUGGGCUCCCCAGACAGGCCUUAUGCCAAGCCAGAAGACCCCGUAGUAAUGGAGAUUCCCAAGAUCAAAGAGAUUGCUGCAAAACACAAGAAAACAGUAGCUCAGGUUCUGAUUCGGUUCCAUGUCCAAAGGAAUGUGGUGGUGAUCCCCAAGUCUGUGACACCCUCACGCAUACAGGAGAACCUGCAGGUCUUCGACUUCCAGUUGAGUGAGGAGGACAUGGCUGCCAUUCUCAGCUUCAACAGGAACUGGAGGGCCUGUGACCUGUUGGAUGCAAGGACUGAAGAGGACUAUCCUUUCCACGAGGAAUACUGAGGUCCACUUGCUUGAUGAGAUCCGUGCAUGAUAGAUUCCUUCGUCUCUCUAAAAUCAACCUGGAUGUAGGCUACCAUCUGGCAAUGCAGGAUUUAAAUUUUUGUGUUCAUCAAGGAGCAAGAAAAUGUUCCAGAGAAACGAAGGGCAACGGUUCUCACUAGCGAGGGCUGAGCACAUGUUUGUCAUCAGGAGCAUGUAGUAUGGUAACACUGAAGAUACAAUGAUAGAACAAUAAAAAAGCAAUAAUAG